CAUCAUGUCAUCAAAAUCAAACCCUUCAAACAUUAUUCUCCAAAGUCCUCCCAAUAUCCUUGUUAUGAGUCAAAAGAACAACAAGAAGAAGAAGCUUAACAUGUUCCUUGUUCAUGAUGAGGAACACUUAUCAAGACAAGUAUCAUCAAAUGAAGGUUAUUACCAUGAUGUUGGUGAAUCAGCAUCGGUUCCAUUUGUUUGGGAAUCUCAACCAGGUACUCCUAAGGUUGUUAGAUUCAGAGAAACCUCUUUUCCUCCUCUCACCCCUCCACCUUCUUAUAAUUACCAAAAUGCCACUCCAAAAAACCCAUUAUUUACCAAUGCCAAGAAUAAUAAAAACUCUUCAAAGUCUACUAGUCUUUUUAAAGCUUUAUUAUUUCCCAAGAAACGUAAUAAUAACAACAACAAAGGGUGUGUUGUUGUUCCUCCAUCGCCAGAAUCUCCUAAUUCUUGGUCACACUCGUUGUCGUCAUCGUCGUCUUCUUUGUCAUGGCGGCCAACAUCGUACUCCGUGCCGAAUUCUCCUAUGGUACGACAUCCUAGGAAGAGUGGUGGUACUACACAAAAUGAAGAUCUUUAUUAUGUGAAUGAUUCUAGUUUGUGUUUUGGAAAUGCUAGAUCAAGAUGGUGUUCCUCGUCUAUGUUCAAGAAGGUAUUGCUUGGAGAUGUUAUGUAAUAAUAAUGAUGAUGUGGAAUUUUGGAUUUUGAAAUUAUCUUUAUUUGGUUAAUGUAUGUUAAUAAUAAUAAUUACUAAGUGCUGAUAUAUAUAGUUGGAAAGAUUAUUGAAUGUAUACCAAACCAAACUUAUUAAUAUUGUAAUGA